AUGACACCGCCACCGCAGACCCGCCGCCAGCAGAAGCCAGUGCUCGCUGAGCCAGUGGUUUCGGAGGCGGAGCCAGAGUUCGCAGAGCUGGCUGGCCUCCCGGGUGAGGAGGAUGAGCAGGCUCAGGAGGUCUCUGAUUCAGAGGCUACCGAGCCGGGAGCUUCAGAGGAUGAUGGUGGAGGUAUUGGAGAAGUUCGGACUGGAUUGACAGCCACCUUCGAGAGUGUAGCCUCCCCGGAAAAGCCCGCGCCGCCGGUGGGAAAGAGCCGAACAGUGACGCCGCCAGCCCACGAGGGAAAGCCGGGCCCAAGCACAACAACGGUCACGCCACCAGCCCACCAGGGAAAGCCGAGCCCAAGCACAACAACGGUCACGCCACCAGCCCACGCAGGAAAGCCGAGCCCAAGCACAACAACGGUCACGCCACCAGCCCACACAGGAAAGCCGAGCCCAAGCACAGGCGACAAGACGACGCAGCCAACUGCACGCAGGACCAAUCCAUUGGAGAAGCAGCUCGCGGCUAUGCAGAGACAGCUUCAGGAGCAAGCCAGCUUGAUUGCAGGCUUCCAGAAGGCUGACACGAAGCCCGUGGAUCCGAUGACAGAGAAGAUCCGCUUGCUGGAGGAGCAGCUUCACAAGCAGGCCGAGAUCAUCAAGCAGCACCAGGCUGGAACGGCUCCCGUUCCGAUGCCGAAGGCUCCGAAGAAUGCCGCUCCUCCCGACUCGGUGUCGGGCGAUGGUGCGAAGGCCGGCGAGUCCGGUGAGAGCCUGGAUGCUGACAGCAUCAUAAUGCCGGACGGAACAAAGGUAAUUAGCCACGACGCACUACGAAUGAGAUUGAAACGACUUUGUGAAAAAAAGAAAAGCGGCAAAGCGUGGGUGUCGGAGGAGCUAACUGCCGAUUGGAAGUCCGGAGGAUCCUCGAGAGAGGCCUUGGAAAUCGCCCUGCUCGAAACGAUCAAGGAACUGGGGGCGGAUGCCCCGCAUCAGAAAAUGCGGGCGGCCUUCGUUUGCAAGGUUACCUUCGUGAAGGAGCGCAUCCUUCAACGCGAGAAGGAGGUGACCGGAGAAUGGUUGACGGAGGAAAGAAUGAAGAACAAACACAGCUGGGGCAAGGACAUGAUCAAGCAAGUGGUUCAGUACUGCCUGAAGUUCCCGGCCACACUCACGAGGCCUUGGAAGUACAACACCAGCGUGACAGAAUAUUUUGUGGAGUUGGAGUCUACUUCGAAAAUCAAGCAAAGCGAGCUGGACAAGUACUUGCAUGAGUCAGCUCAGGAAGGAACAGCCGAGCACCCUGUCGAUGUGGCUUCCGGCGUUGCAUCGGGGUUUAUCGGUGACCCGACUUUGGACAGGGAGAAUGGCCGGGAGCCGCCGAAGGCGAAUGCGGAGCAGACGAAGGUUAAAGAUGAGCUUAAGCGCUACAUGGAUGCCCUGUUGGCGAAAAGCCGGACUGUGACGCGAAUGAUUGAGCAGCUCAACGAGCCCUACAACCCCAAGCCGACCGAAGGAACAGUCAAGUUGGCUGAGGAGCUGAUGAGCAUCGCCACGCCCAUCUCGGGGGCGUACGAGCAGAUGGCCGGCCUGGUUUCCAAGCUGGAGAUGGAGGAUGUGGAUCAUGCUGGAAUCCAGAGGGUGAAGGUGGAAUUCACGACUAUCCGUGAGUCGAUCGCCAAGCCGUGGCCCGACUGCAUCAAAUAA